AUGUAUGAAACCAUUGCAACAGUUCUGGAAGAGAAAAAUUCAUUUUUAAAGAAGAUUUAUGGUCUCUGGCCUCGCCGGCUUUGGGGGGAUGGUUCCAUCAUAGCGUCAAUGCAGAAACGACUGCAGAAAGAACUGUUGGCUUUGCAAAAUGACCCACCUCCCGGAAUGACAUUAAAUGAAAAGAGUGUUCAGAAUUCAAUUACACAGUGGAUUGUAGACAUGGAAGGUGCACCAGGUACCUUAUAUGAAGGGGAAAAAUUUCAGCUUCUAUUUAAGUUUCGUAGUCGAUAUCCUUUUGACUCUCCUCAGGUCAUGUUUACUGGUGAAAAUAUUCCCGUUCAUCCUCAUGUUUAUAGCAAUGGUCGUAUCUGUUUAUCCAUUCUAACAGAAGACUGGUCCCCAGCGCUCUCAGUCCAGUCAGUUUGUCUUAGCAUUAUUAGCAUGCUUUCCAGCUGCAAAGAAAAGAGACGACCACCAGGUAAUUCUUUUUAUGUUCGAACAUGUAACAAGAAUCCAAAGAAAACAAAAUGGUGGUAUCAUGAUGAUACUUGCUGAUGUCACUGUUAUCAUCCUCCUAGCAGAAGAUAGUCCUACUGAGAAAAUGAGCACUUUGAUCAUUCAGUCUUUGAACUUUAACCUUUGACUGGAAGUGACCUAUAGGCAAUGAAGACUACUUCCUUUUACUGCAUUUUUACUUGUGUGCAUUCUGGGCGCAUGUUGAUCGCUGGUUCAGUCCAGGCAACUGACAUGCUUUUAUUAGUCAUACAGUAUUAAUGCAGGUGUCAGGAAAUGUCAAUAUAAUUCCAUUUUUUAUUUUUAUUUUUUUAAGCUUUUGGAAAAGUUCCAGGUCCUCACGUAUUGUGCAGUAACAAUGACUUCCUUGGCGGUUUUGGGACGUUCAUUGCCGGCAAUGGACGUUUAACAGGAAAAAUUUUCAUUAACUCCUGCCACCCAAUAAUUAAUGCAUGAUAGGGCCUAUGAAAUGAACUUAUUGGUUUUGGUGGGAUUAUAAAUAAAGUGAGGGAUCCAACGUUACUUUGAAAGUCACCCCAACUGUUUAUAUUUGGAUUCUAUGCACUGUGAUCCUAAGGUUAACAGCGUGAAUUAACAUGCGUCUUUAAAGAACUUUAAUGAAAGAUCAUUGCGUAUUUAUUGAAUUGUUUAUAUCUGCUGUCAAAUUGUUUUGACAUGGAAGGUUUUCAAGUAACAUUGGCAGAGAGGUACAAUAUUGUUAUCCCUAUGGUGAAAAUAAAUUCAUUUGUUGUAUAUAGUUCCUCAAUCUCUGAAGUAAAGGUAUGAGUAAUCUAGGGUAUGAAUGGUUGAAUCAAGGCUUGAUUUUGGAAGUAAGAACAAUGGCAGUGAUGAUGAAACUGCUGUAGUCCUUAAUUGGGGCUUGUUUGUACAGUAACAAUAUUUCCAAGUAGAUUAUACUCUGUUACUUCCUGCUAGCCAUCAGCAUGAGCCCUACUGCCUAAACACUAUCUCAUUUAUUUAUGUUUGGAAAAUCCAUAAAGAG